ACUCUAUCCCCUUUCUGAUGUGUGCGGCAGCCGGCACCGAGAGCUCAGUACAUUUUUACACUCGAAGCAGAACGCACACGUAGCAAAAAUCUCAAAUAAUAUUUUUUUGGAAAUAUUUUCUCGCUCUGUUUUUUUGAUUUUUGGUGAAAGUCAAGGCCAUAGGUAGGAACGAAACAUGUCCAAGACGGUACUCAACGGCCAGAUGGCUUCUGCGUCGGCUCUUCGGGCUCCGCUGUGGCGCCCCGUGGUGAUGCACUAUCCGAAAAAGCUGCUCCCGCACGGACAGAUGCGUCGUCGGGAGCCGGCUAUUGGCUACCCGGCCUCCUACCAGUCAUCCAAGCUACGCUGCGGCCUGACGCAGCCCUUCGCCUUCGACCAUGGCCGCCCCGGCCAGUACUGCCCGGAGUGUCUGUGCAACAAGGACAGGAACCAUGGUGGCGGUGGCGGUGGUGGUGACAUGGACGAUACUGUCUCCCAGUGCUCGCGUGUGUCCAGGGCUUCAAAGCGCUCCAUACGCUCCACAAAAUCCAAGCGCGACGACGGCGAUGGGGAUGCUCCCCUCAGCCAUCGCAGUGAUACCUCUGUAAAGACCGUGAUAUCUACGGCCACACUGAAGAGCGGCCACAGCAAGAGAUCGCCAUCCCAGGAGACGGUCAAGUCCUGUGCCACAGUCAAGUCAAGUGCUUCGAUCAAGUCCAACGUCUCCGUCAAGUCCAAUGCCACAGUCAAGUCCAAUGCGACAGUCAAGUCCAAUGCGACAGUCAAGUCGAGUGCCGGAGGCGUGAAGGAGUCCAAGGCAGACACAGUCCGGGCCAAGGCAAGCCGUCACUCCCAAAUCGAGAUAAUGCCACACCCCCACCCGGGCCCCAAGCAGCCCCCGAAGGAGGCACAGACUGGAUACGAGAACUACGGUCCCAUGACGAACGCGGAGCGCAAGGCUGCCCUCGACGAGGCCCGAUUCAAGUACGACAAGCUGAUCGCCGAGUACAACCAUCUGCCGGUGUCAGUGCCGACGCUGCGCGUGCGCAACCGCAAGAUCGACAUCGAGCGGGAGCUGGACGAGCUGGACUACAACAUCAACAUGUUCGACCAGCCGAACAUCAACGUCUACUACCGUCGUUAACUUUGAUAUUGAUGUUGAUUGCUUUCGUCUAUUUUUUUUUCUUUUUAGUUUUAUUCAAAAUUUGAUUAUUUUUCCAGAGCCACACAGACCAAAACAGACACAGUAAACAGUACUACACA